UAUGUCCUGCCGGAGGUUUCCUUGAUGACAGGGUCAACAAUAUGGCGCUGUCCAUGGAUCACAGAAAUGCUGCUAGUUGAUGUGUAUUUUCUCAUUUAAAUGAUUCAUAAGCUUCCUUGUACGUUGAACACACUGUGAAGCAUUAUUGGUGCACCAGGUGCUGUGCUUGUUAACUUAAAAUAACUAAUUUAACAGCCGAACAGGAACCAUGUCUGGGUCAAGUGCAUGGAGUCGCAGUCGAGAGAAAUUGAGACUUUUCCCGGAACUUUUUGCACAGUGUGCACCAGAGGCAGCAACGUAUGGAAAGUGUGUGUCAGCCACUACGACAGGCAGACAGGAGCUGAAGAAGGACAUGUGUGCUAAGGAAUUUGAGGCACUGAAGACCUGCUUUACAAAUGCAGCCAAGAGGAAAGCCAAAUGAAUGGAAAGUACCCUGGCUGUAAGAGCGGAAUAUACAGAAGACCGACUUAAAGCUUUGAGAGGAGAAAACAGUGCUGAAGGACCUCUGGUGCGAGUCUCUUCAUGUUCUUCGUACUGUACAUGAUCUAAAUGUGUGUCAUGUAAUAAAGAAACCACUUUUUAUAACGUUGUUGAAAUGUAAGAUGCAUGUUGUUGCAAUACUGAUAAAUGUAUGUAAUAUGCAGAGGUGAAUAAAACAUUUACAAUGCUA